AUGUCCAGGGACUUCCUUAAAGGAAACAGCCUGGAGUUGCCAGGUCAGGAAAAUACCUCAGUAAAGAAGACUCAGCUGUUGGAUCGUGGCCAGUGGGCAAACAAGAUAGAGUUUCUUUUGGCCGUAGCAGGAACCCUGGUUGGGCUGGGAAACCUCUGGAGGUUUCCUUAUUUGUGCUACAAAAAUGGAGGAGGUGCGUUUCUCAUCCCAUACAUCCUUUUUCUGCUUUCUUGUGGCAUUCCAAUGUUUCUCCUGGAGACAGCCAUGGGGCAGUUCACGUCUCAGGGAUGUAUCACCUGCUGGAGGCAUUUCUGCCCCUUAUUUGAAGGAAUCGGCUAUGCCACUCAAGUGGUGAUUGCAUAUGCUGCUGUUUCGUACAUUGUCAUCCAGGCAUGGGCCUUCUUCUACCUCUUUUCAUCCUUCAGUGCAGAGGUUCCUUGGGCCAGCUGCAGGAAUUCCUGGAAUACAGAAUCCUGUGUUGAAUUUGAUAAAACAAAUGUGUCAUCCAAUUGGACAGCACCUUCAAACGCAACAACACCUGCAACAGAAUUCUGGGAGAGACGAGUACUGGGUAUUUCACAGGGAAUUGAAGAAAUUGGUAGCUUGAGGUGGGAAUUGGCCUUGUGUCUGUUACUGGCAUGGAUCCUGUGCUACUUUUGUGUUUGGAAAGGAGUGCGAUCCACUGGAAAGGUAGUUUACUUUACAGCUACAUUUCCCUAUUUAAUGUUGGUUGUUCUCUUGGCUCGUGGCCUCACUUUGCCGGGAGCAAUGGAUGGCAUAGCUUUCUACUUAUAUCCUGACCCCACAAGGUUGGUGGAUCCUCAAGUUUGGAUGGAUGCCGGGGCACAAGUUCUUUUCUCUUUUGGGAUUUGUCAGGGCAGUCUGACGGCUCUGGGCAGUUACAAUCAGUAUAACAAUGACUGUUACAAGGACACAUUUGUUCUUUGUCUGGUAAACGGUUGCUCCAGUUUUGUUGCAGGAUUUGCAAUCUUUUCUGUUUUGGGCUUUAUGUCAUAUGAACAAGGACUGCCUAUAUCUCAAGUGGCUGCAUCUGGACCUGGUCUGGCAUUUAUUGCCUAUCCUCGAGCAGUGGCCAUGAUGCCUCUACCUCAGUUAUGGGCCAUAUGUUUCUUUAUCAUGGUCAUCUUGUUGGGCGCUGAUACGCAGUUUGUGAGUCUGGAGUGCUUGAUGACCUCUGUCACAGAUAUGUUCCCCACUGUGUUUCGGAGAGCUUAUCGCAGAGAAUUGCUGCUGCUUUGUCUAUGCACUGUUUGUUUUUUCCUCGGACUCCUUCUUGUCACAGAGGGGGGAUUGUAUUUCCUACAACUUUUUGACCACUAUGUUUGUAGUGGCAACAAUCUUCUGCUCCUUUCAGUGUGUCAGUCAAUAGCAAUUGGAUGGAUAUAUGGUGCAGAUCGUCUGUAUGACAACAUCGAAGACAUGAUAAGUUACCGUCCAGGACCCAUAAUGAAGAUUUGCUGGCUGUACGUAACCCCUGCUGUUUGUAUGGGUACAUUCAUCUUUUCUGUGGUGAGAUACAAACCUCUAAAGUUCAACAAAACAUAUACAUAUCCAACCUGGGCAUACGCAUUAGGCUGGUUCCUUGGACUGUUCUGCGUCCUUCUGGUUCCUCUGUGGAUCAUCUAUAAAAUGACUCGGAUGAAAGGCACAAUAUGGCAGAAUGUCAGGCAGCUUUGCCGUCCUGAAAACAAGAUCAACAGCAAAGCAAAGCAACCUGAGCAGUAUCCUUUGAACCCUGACAACUCUCUAAUGCCUGUUGCCAAUGAAUACAAGGGAAGUGGUGGAACUGAGGUGGACAUGCAAGUCAGGAUGGCAGACUCUGUGCACAAGCUGUGUCAACUCCCAACAAGGUCUUCUCAGCAAACCUUUAAGGAAAGAGGCAAAUGGGGAAGCAAAAAGGAGUUCAUCUUGUCUGUGGCCGGUGCUAUUAUUGGACUAGGCAAUAUUUGGAGAUUUCCAUAUCUUUGCUACAAGAACGGCGGUGGGGCAUUCUUCGUCCCUUACACCCUGUUCCUUGUGACCUGUGGAAUUCCCAUGUUUGUACUGGAAACAGCACUGGGCCAGUACACCAGUCAAGGGGGGAUAACAUGCUGGAGGAAGGUCUGUCCCUUGUUUGAAGGGAUGGGGUACGCCAGCCAACUGAUAAUAUUCUAUGGAAAUAUUAGCUACGCUGUGAUUUUAGCUUGGGCAUUCCUUUACUUCUUCUCUUCAUUCAGUCUGGAGUUGCCAUGGACCACAUGUAAUAACACCUGGAAUACAGAACUUUGUGUGGGAAUAAACCCCACUAAUGCCACUACUAACUGGACCCACCCUGUAAAUUUAUCAACGUCGUCUGUUAUGGAGUUUUGGCGGCGGAGGGUUUUAAACAUUUCCAUCGGAAUCGAGUAUUUUGGAAGCAUACGAUGGGAACUAGCCCUGUGUCUUCUUCUGUCCUGGGUCAUCUGCUACUUUUGUGUCUGGAAGGGAGUGAGAUCCACUGGAAAGGCUACCUACUUUACAGCCACAUUCCCCUUUGUCCUGUUAGUGGUGCUGUUUUUCAGAGGAAUGACCCUUCCCGGAGCCUUCCAUGGUAUCAAAUACUACCUGUACCCCAAUCCCUCACGGCUGGCUGACCCGCAGGUCUGGAUGGAUGCUGGAACACAAAUAUUUUACUCUUAUGCUUUAUGCUUGGGAUACCUGACAACAUUUGGAAGCUACAACAAAUACAACAACAACUGCUACAGAGACUCCUUCUAUCUCUGCUUGCUGAAUAGUGGGACCAGCUUUAUGUCUGGAUUUGCUAUUUUCUCAAUUCUGGGCUACAUGUCACAAAAGCAGGGUGUUGACAUCUCUGCUGUUGCUGAGUCAGGACCUGGCCUUGUCUUCAUCGUCUACCCACAGGCAGUGACCCUGCUGCCCUGGCCUCAGCUCUGGUCUGCCUGCUUCUUCUUAAUGAUCAUCCUGUUAGGGAUCGAUGGCCAGUUUGCGGGGCUCGAAAGCAUCAUGACCUCUCUGACAGACAUGUUCCCUUCACACAUCCAAAGGGGAUACCGCAGGGAGCUUUAUCUGAUGUUGAUCUGCGCUAUUAACUUUGGUUUGGGACUGGUUACGGUAUCAGAGGCUGGAGCAUACAUUCUGCAGAUCUUCGAUCAUUAUGUAUGCAGUGGCCCCACUCUUCUACUGAUGGCAAUCUUCCAGUCAGUGAUCAUUGGAUGGAUUUACGGGGCUGGACGCUUUGUAGACAACAUUGAAGAUAUGAUUGGCUACAAACCGCUGUCUCUGUUCCAGUACUGCUGGAUGUACAUCACCCCUCUGACUUGCAGUGGGACCCUUCUAUUUUUGCUCCUGAAAUACACCCCAGUCCGGUUCAACAAUGUUUAUGUGUACCCAUGGUGGGCAUACUGUUUUGGCUGGUUUCUGGCCAUGUCUUCACUCUCUAUGAUCCCACUCAACAUGAUCUUCAUCCUAGCCAAAAAAAAAGGGACACUCUGGGAGCGUAUCAAGACAAGCUCCCGGGCUGCAGAUGACCUUCCAAAAAUGGCCAAAGGAAUGGCAGGCAUUGAGGCUUCAUUGCAUGCCAGCAAUGACGGACCAAAUGACCAAAUGCUAUAA